GAUUUCCAACUUUGGAAGUUUGUGUUGAAUUGUAUUUAAUAUUCUUUAACGACAAUUUUUGACCGGUUUAACGAACGUUAUAUCAGCUGGAGCUUAGGGUACGUACCCUAUUUAUCGAGGACCUGAAUUCCUGAGCAUCGUUUCCUAGUUCCAGUGUCGUCUUCGGUGGUUGAUUAUUUCAAGCUUGUUGAAUCUGACAGAAAAUGAUACAUUAUUACCAAGCUGUCGAUUGAGGUUGAAGUACUUUGCGUAUACUGCAAAGUUUGUUCAAUAAAAACGCUAUGGGAAAUCAGAAUGAAAAGGAAGGGGAAACGACCAUCACACGAUCACAGAGCUUCGAGAUCAUGGACACAAUAGAAGAUGUGAUUCAACAUGAGGUAACAAUAUCUAAUUCAAGUGACAACAAGAAAGCUAAAAAGCCCAAAGAAGAGAAGGGAAAUAGAAGUAGAAGCAAAGAUGAUAUGGAUUUAACAGACAAUUCGCAAGAAAAUGAAAUAAUUGUAAACGUACCGAGAAAGAAGAGAGACAUGACGGCUUUGAUUACAAAACAAGCCAUUGAAAUAAGGUCCCAGAAAGAAAUGAUGCACCACGGCAAAAUAUAUUGUGAAAAUCUUGUUGAGGAGAAUGAGAAUGGUUUGAGGAGAUUAGAAGAAAGAGACCAGCUCAUUGCAAGCAAAGAUGAGACCAUUAAAAUCUUCCGUGCGAAGAAUGAAACCUUAAAGAGCACAAAUGAAGGCAUUCAAAAUGAACUAAGAGAAAAAGAAAAUCUUUAUAGGCGUAAACAAAACGAGGUACUAUCAUUUGAGAAGCAGAUUCAGGAGGCAAAUAAUACAAUAAAUACUUUGUACACUGAGUUAGAAGUAAAGAAGGCUGAGAUUGAAGAAAUAAGGAGGCAGUGUUCUGAGGAGGAAUGUGCAAGGCGAAGGUUAGAAGAAGACCGUCAGCUCAUGCGAGACGAUUUUGUUAAACACAUAAACGAAAUUGAGAACCAACGAUACGAGCUGCGGAGAAGAGAAGAGCGGUUACAAGCAAGUGAGCAGCGCUACCAAGAUGAGCACUGCACAAGAGUAAACCUUGAAGAUCAACUUCGGUGCCUUCGAUUCGAAAACGAUGAAUUGCGUUGCUCGAUUGAGUCAACUGAGAAUGAACUUGUCCAAGAACUACGUCGAAGACAAGAAGAAUCGGACUCUUUUGCUCAGGAGCGACAAUCUUACGAGCAACGACUACGAGAGAGCCUAAGUUCCCUUGCAGACAGCGAACGCAGAAUACAAGAGCUUCAGACAACCGUGAACAACUCACAAAGUAUUCUUGAUGAGCAUCGUCGUAUAGAGCCGCGUGACUGGAUAAUUCGUCGGGAGGAAGUGACGCUGACAGACGUAUCACUUGGCAACGGUGCCUGGGGAACGGUCAAGGUCGGGAUUUUCAGAAGCAGCAAUGUAGCAGUUAAGCAAAUCCACGAACUUAUUCUGUCACCACAUAAUNGUGUGAAAUGA